GGUGCCGGCGAGCGGUGCCGGCGGGACGCGGCCAGCCCAGCUCGGCGAUGCGGCGCUGAGAGCCGCUCCGUGCCGCCGAUGGACGCCUCGCUCCGCCAGGGUGCCAGGGUAUGGCUGCGGGAGCAGGACCAGCUGCAGCCAUGCACUGUUGGCCUGUGUGCCGAUGGAAACGUGCGCUUCACCUCCGAUUACGGCACCGUGUUCCAGUACCCCAAGGCCUCCCUUUCCAUAGAAAAAGUCUUGCCCAUGCACCAGAGCAGCGUCAGUGGGGUAGAAGACAUGUCCAUGCUGGGAGACCUGCACGAAGCUGCCAUCCUGCUCAACUUGCACCAGCGCUAUCAGCAGGGUAACAUCUAUACCAACAUUGGCUCCAUCCUGGCAUCAGUGAACCCCUACAGGCCCAUCCCUGGUCUGUACAGUGCGGAUGCCAUAGAGCUGUACAGGCAGCACCGCCUGGGUGAGCUGCCUCCCCAUAUCUUCGCCACCGCUAACGAGUGCUACUGCUGUUUGUGGAAGCGUCACGACAGCCAGUGUGUCCUGAUAAGCGGAGAAAGUGGAGCUGGAAAGACUGAGAGCACCAAGCUGCUGCUGAAGUUCCUAUCAGCCAUGAGCCAGACCUCCCUUGGGGCGCCGGCCUCUGAGAAGAGCACACACGUGGAGGAAGCCAUCCUGGAGAGCAGCCCAAUUCUGGAGGCCUUUGGAAAUGCCAAGACGGUUUAUAAUAACAACUCUAGUCGCUUUGGCAAGUUCAUCCAGCUGCACUUCUCUCAGCACGGGCACAUCCAGGGCGGACGAGUCACUGACUAUUUACUGGAAAAGAACAGAGUGGUACACCAGAACCCUGGAGAGAGGAAUUACCACAUCUUCUAUGCUCUGCUGGCUGGUGUGAGUGGGGAGCUGAAAGAGAGCCUCUCCCUCGCUGAGCCAGAGACUUAUCGGUACUUGAGCCAGUCUGGCUGUGUGAAUGAUGAGAACUUGAAUGAUGGAGAAAUGUUCACUAAGGUCAUGACUGCCAUGAAGGUGGUGGACUUCAGCUCUGAAGAGAUCCGAGACAUCUUCAAACUUCUUUCUGGCACUCUUCACCUGGGAAAUGUUGAGUUUAUGACAGCUGGUGGGGCCCAGGUUACAACCAAAGCAGUGCUGAACAUUGCCAGUGACCUCCUGGGCUUAGAUGCCUUCCAGCUUUCUGAAGUCCUAACUCAGAGAUCCAUGAUUCUGCGUGGGGAAGAGAUCAGCUCCCCCCUCACUGUGGAGCAGGCAGCAGACUCCCGGGACUCCCUCUCCAUGGCACUGUAUUCCCAGUGCUUCUCAUGGCUCAUUAGCAAGAUUAAUACGAAGAUCAAAGGCAGGGAAAACUUUAAGUCAGUGGGCAUCCUGGAUAUCUUUGGCUUCGAGAAUUUCCAGGUGAAUCGUUUUGAGCAGUUUAACAUUAACUAUGCAAAUGAGAAGCUCCAGGAAUAUUUCAACAAGCAUAUCUUCUCCUUGGAGCAGCUGGAGUACAACAGGGAAGGGAUAAACUGGGAAGCUAUUGACUGGAUGGAUAAUGCGGAGUGCCUGGACCUUAUUGAGAAGAAACUGGGUCUGCUGGCUUUGGUGAAUGAAGAGAGUCGAUUCCCCAAAGGCACAGACAACACCCUUCUGGAAAAACUUCACAGCCAGCAUAUGAGCAAUCCUUACUAUGUGAAACCUCGAGUGACAGAUCAUCAGUUUGGCAUAAGGCAUUAUGCUGGUGAGGUGCUUUAUGAUGUAAGAGGUUUUCUGGAGAAGAACAGAGACACCUUUCGAGAUGACAUCUUAAACAUGCUGAAAGACAGCAGGCUGGACUUCAUCUAUGACCUUUUUGAAAGAGUCUGCAGCCGUUGCAAUGAAGAGACACUGAAGAUGGGCACCCAGAGGCGCAGACCGACUGUCAGCUCCCAGUUCAGGGAUUCUCUCCAUUCCCUGAUGGCAACACUUAGCACUUCCAACCCGUUCUUCAUCCGCUGCAUCAAACCAAACACAGAAAAGGCACCAAACCUCUUCAAUCCGGAUGUGGUUCUCAAUCAGCUCAGGUACUCAGGGAUGCUGGAGACAGUGAAAGUCCGGCGAGCAGGUUUCCCUAUCCGGUGCCUUUUCCAGGACUUUCUCAGCAGGUACAAGAUGCUUGUGAAGGUACCAAGUUUCUCAGACAACAACAAGGCUAUAUGUGCACGCUUUCUUCAGGCCUAUGACAGCAGCAAGAAAGAAUGGCAGUUGGGUAAAACCAAGGUUUUCCUGAAGGAAGCUCUCGAGCAGAAGCUGGAGAAGGAUCGGGAAGAGGAGUUAAGGAAAGCUGCUGUAGUCAUCCGGGCCCACGUCUUGGGCUACAUGGCAAGGAAGAAGUACCGGAAGGUGCUAGCCAGUGUUGUUACAAUCCAAAAGAACUACCGAGCGUACUUCUGGAAGAAGAGCCUGCUGCGCCUCAAGGCCUCUGCCAUCAUCCUGCAGAAGCACUGGCGUGGCCACCUGGCUCGCAGCCUCUACCAACACCUGCGGCAGCAGGAGCUCCGGCGGCAGCAGGAAGCAGAGGAGAGGAAGAGGCGAGAGAAGGAAGAACAGAUCAGAAGAGAGGAAGAGGAAAGACAAUGGCAAGAAGAGGAGGAGCGUAGGAGGAAGCAGAAGGAGGAAGAGGUGAAGGAAAGAGAAAAGGAACAGCUGAAUGCUCUGCUCCAGGUGGUUCCGGUGGAAACAGUAAAGACUGAGGAAGUAGAAAUUCCACUGCAGGAGGAAGAGAGACGUCAGAUGGAGGAGAUCUUAAGGCUGGAGAAGGAGAUUGAGAAGUUGCAGCAACAGAAAGAGGAUCACAUGUCUAUCAUCUGUGAAAACACCAGGAAUGAAAUCAAUCGGCAGCGGGAGGAGGAGAUCCAGAGGCUGGAAAAGGAGGCAUCUAGGGUUGCCCAGGAGUUCUUGGAGCUGCUAGAUUUUGGCAAUCUGGAUGAAAGCGUGCAGAACUUGGAGCGCUCUCUGUCUAGUGAGGGGACACUCAACAUUGACUGCAGCCUUGUCGCGCCACUGGCUGAAGAAGAGGUGGAUGAGGGUUUUCAUGCUGAUGAUGAAGUACGGCCAACUUCCAGUUUGGUGGUUGUCACUCAGCAGGACAUGAAGAACAGUGAUAACUGCCUGGGGGGAGAUGUGGGUGCAAGACUUUUGCAUCUCCAAAGGGAAGUGGGAGAGGCUGCCCCUGCUCCAGCACAACCCAUGGAAAGAACCAGUAGCCCCAGGGAGCAGAGUGCCCUCUCUGACCCAGCAGAAAGCAGUUACAGCACUGUCUCAGAUACGCUGAGGAGUAACAGUGGAGAGGUGGGAGAGCCAAUUUACAAUUCCCCUCAAGAUGUGGAGUCUGACUAUGACCAUGAUGAGUUGGAUGGCUGUGGGGAUGCAGGCAGCGCCUCAGCUGAGGCUCUGAAUGGUGAGGAAAGUCUGAGGCACUCCCACGGCACCAGCCUGGACUCCAACCGGGGCAGCCUGGAUUCGUUUUUGGACAGUGAAGAGGAAGUGGAUGUUUACAUAGAUACAGAUGAAGAGUUUUGUAACGGACGUGUCACCAUCUUCAAUGGCUCAGGACCACCCUAUUUUCACAGCUAUCUCUAUAUGAAGGGAGGUCUCAUGAACCCAUGGAGACGACGCUGGUGUGUUCUGAAGAAUGAGGCCUUUAUGUGGUUCCGCACCAAGCAGGAGGCACUGAAGUCAGGAUGGCUCUAUAAAAAAGGGGGAGGCAUGUCAACACUUUCACGACGCAACUGGAAACGUCGCUGGUUUGUGCUUCGGGAAUCCAAGCUGAUGUACUUUGAGAACGAUAGCGAGGAAAAGCUGAAGGGGACAAUUGAUAUCAGAAGGGCAAAGGAGAUUGUGGACAUUCAUGAAAAAGAGAAUGCUUUGGACAUUGUGACGGAAGACAGGGUUUAUCACAUCGUGGCAGAGUCACCUGAGGAUGCCAGCGGUUGGUUUAAUGUCCUGAGCCGAGUACAUAGUGCUACGGCGCAGCAGCUGAGGGAAAUGCAAGAUGAACAGGCCAACCCAAAGAAUGCUGUGGGAACCCUGGAUGUUGGGCUUAUUGAUUCUGUCUGUGCCUCAGACAACCCUGACAGACCAAACUCUUUUGUGAUCAUCACAGCAAAUCGAGUGAUUCAUUGCAACAGUGACACCCCUGAGGAGAUGCAUCACUGGAUCUCCCUGCUGCAGAAACCGAAAGGCGAAUCUAAGGUCGAUGGCCAGGAAUUCCUUGUGAGAGGCUGGCUUCAUAAAGAGGUUCAGAGCAGCAACAAGGUGUCCUCUCUGAAGAUGAAGAAACGCUGGUUUGUGCUGACAAACACUGCCCUUGAUUACUACAAGUCAUCUGAGCGCACAGCUGCCAAGCUUGGCACACUUGUGCUCAACAGCCUCUGCUCUGUAGUGCAGCCCGAUGAGAGGGUCUUUAAAGACACAGGCUAUUGGAACAUCAUUGUUCAUGGGCGAAAGCACUCGUACAGACUGUACACAAAGCUGCUGAAUGAAGCUAUGCGCUGGGCCUCUGCCAUUCAAGGCGUCAUUGACAGCAAAGUUCCCAUCGAAACACCUACACAGCAACUCAUUCGUGACAUUAGGGAAAACAGCACUAACCUUGAAGUAGUGGAGCAGACAUACAGGAGGAACCCAAUCUUGCGGUACACCCAGCACCCUUUGCACUCCCCUUUGCUCCCACUACCAUAUGGAGACGUUAGCGUCAACUUGCAACAAGAAAAGGGUUACAGCAGCUUGCAGGAUGAAGCAGUGAAGAUCUUUAACUCCCUUCAGGAGAUUGAGACGGUGUCUGACCCCAUACCAAUUAUCCAAGGCAUUCUUCAGACCUGCCAUGAUCUGAAGCCUCUUCGUGAUGAAGUGUAUUGUCAGCUCAUCAAACAAACGAAUCACAUGCCACAUCCCAACAGCACUGGGAACCUGCACCAUUGGCAGCUGAUGGCAUGUAUGAGCUGCACUUUUCUGCCCAGCAGAGGGAUCCUUCGCUACCUCAAGUUCCACCUGAGGAGGGUAAAAGACCUUUUUCCAGACUCAGAAAUAGACAGAUAUGCACAAUUCAUCAGUGAUUCCCUAAAGAGAACAAAGACAAGGGAGUUUGUGCCCUCGCAGGAGGAAAUACAGGCUCUUCUCACCCGUGAAGAAAUGACCACAACAGUGUACUGCCAUGGUGGGGGCUCCUGUAAAAUCACCAUCAAUUCUCAUACAAGUGCUGGGGAGGUGGUUGAAAAGCUGAUCCGAGGUUUAGCAAUGGAGGACAGCCGUAAUAUGUUCGCUCUCUUUGAACAUAAUCAGCAGGUGGACCGUGCUGUUGAGAGUCGAGUGAUUGUAGCUGAUAUCUUGGCCAAGUUUGAGAGACUUGCUGGCUCUGAGGAGGAAGAGGAGGAAGGGCAAUGGCAGCUAUAUUUUAAACUGUAUUGCUUCUUGGAUAUAGAGAAUGUUCCCAAAGACGGAGUGGAAUUUGCUUUCAUGUUUGAGCAGGCUCAUGAAAGCCUCAUAGAUGGUCAUUUUCCUGCACCAGAGGACACACUGCAGCGCCUGGCAGCACUCCGGCUGCAGUACCUUCAUGGAGAUUAUUCUAAAAUAAGCUGGAGUCUGGAUGGAAUCUACCCAGUUAACAGACUGAAAUCCAAAAUACUGCACUCCACAAAGAGCAGUGGCACCAGCAGUCACACUCUGGAGAGGAGACGGACCAGCUUCCUUGAAGGGACCUUGAAACGUGGCUUCAAAACAGGCUCUGUAAAGAAGCAGAAGGUAGAAGAAGAGCAGAUGAUGGAGAUGUGGGUGAAGGAAGAGCUGUCAGCCGCUCGUGCAAGCAUAGCACAAAAAUGGACCAAGCUGCAGGGACUCUCUCAGCAUCAGGCCAUGGUGAAAUACAUGUCCAUUGUAAAGGAGUGGCCAGGUUAUGGAUCAACCCUCUUUGAUGUUGAGUGUAAGGAGGGAGGCUUUCCAAAUGAUCUUUGGCUUGGAGUCAGCACAGAGAAUGUGUCUGUCUACAAACGUGGAGAUCCUAAGCCUCUGGAGACUUUCCAGUACGAGCACAUUGUUUUCUUUGGAGCACCACAGCCCAACACCUUCAAAAUUACAGUGGAUGAGAGAGAAAUGUUCUUUGAAACAUCCCAGGUGGGUGAGAUAAUAAAGAUCAUGAAAGCAUACAUCAACAUGAUAGUGAAGAAACGCUGCAGUGUCAAAUCAGCUACCAGUGUGGACAGUCGUGCCAGCGUCUGGACUAGGUGAUAUGAAUGGACUGCCAUGAAAGAGAGGCAGAUGUUUGAUAAUUGGUAUUGGCAACUUGCCAGCAUAAGUGUAGCAAAGAUGUUUUUAAGAACUCCACUUGAGUGACUACUGUAUUUACAAACUGAAGUGGCAUCUGCAGUACCUAGGAUUUGCACCUCUGUCCAAAGACAUUAAACAGUAACAACUUGUUAAAUAUUAACAGCCCAAACCUUGUUUUCCCUGGCUUGUCUGAUGAACAGUGUACCUUUUAAAGAAGCAAAGACAGAAGCAUCUUCCUUCUGCCUGUCCUCUCUGCUGCUUCCACAACUACCUGUCAUGUGGGUGGAAACAAAACCACAGGAAUCUGGACUACAGGAGGCAGGCUUCAGCUUCCUUGGAAAUAUUCAAUAUGCAAACAUCUGGGAUCAGGGGACCAUAGUAUGGGCUGCAAAGAGAAUAUUUUGUUUUUAUUUAUUUUGUAGGCAACUCUAAAAUAAGUCACUAGGGUUUUCUCUUCAGGAUAUAUUAAUGAUCUGAUCUGUUUGUUUUUUUUUUUUAAAAAAAGCCUUUUUGCAAUUGAAGCCAGACCGUCCAGCUAAGAGGUCAAACACUAUGUGAGAGACCACUAAACAAACAAUUAAAAACAUGUAAGGUGAGUUGUUACCUCCCAGGGUAUGGUCACAGGUACAUAUAUGUAAGAAAUGGCACUUUAAGUAAAAAUUCUGAAUACUCCAUUGUAGAAGAAAAUACUGGGGCCUAGCAUUGCUGAAAUACCUUGUCAGCUGCCAUUCUGAGUCCAUUCCACGUGGCAUCUGUUGUCUAAAAAUUAAUGACAGCCUUCUCCCUGGUACAGCUGAAAAGGUGAGAUUGAUUUAAUUGCAUUUCCAAAAAAAUCUGUUCUUCACAAACUUGGGGUUCUGGACAGAAGUCAGAGAUUUCAGUGCCUGCAUUAAGUUCCUUAUUUCUCUAGAUGGGAUUUUAUGCUGACUGGGAUCCCAAAAUUUAGUUUUAGACAAACUGUUUCCUACUGAUGAAUAGGUGCCUAGAUAACCUCUUAUAGGCAAGGAUGUAAUUCCUCUGUACUAGUGUAAACAAAUGCCAACUCCUUCAUUCUCUGUUGAGUUCUAAUUUGAACUGCUUCCAUCCCUAAAUCCCCUUCCAGUCCCCUCAAGGUCCCUACUCAGCAGCAAAACUUGAAAAUCAUGUUGUUUUGCUGAAACAACCACUUAGAGGGUUUAAUAACUACUUGCAAUUUGAAGAAGCAAAAAUUUUUCCUCCUCAGUGAAAGAUGAAAGCAGGAGACUGAAGACAACUGUCAUCGGUUUAAAUAGUACUGGGUAUAAUUAGUUACAUUGUAAAUUGGCUGCAUUAGCGAUCAAGGAGCCUUCAGGUUAGGCAGUUUGUUUUGGACUUGGGGUCCUGGACUGUCAAGGCCCUUUCAGUUUCCUAAUGGAGCUGGAAGGCAGUAUGUGAUGUGGGCCAUAGGAUCACAGAAUCAUUAAGAUUGCAGGUUUGUUUUAAAAUCAGAUGUUCCCAUUUCUGGGAGGAAGAAAAAUGGGGGCAUUUUAAGGCCUGUUAGCUGUGAAAGAGAAAUUUCACAGAACAGAAAAUGAGGAGUCACCAUGCACCAGGUUUGGUUCAAAUUCACCUUGGGCUUUUGCCAUUUCACUAAAACUCUCACGGAGUAGUGUAGUUUUGAGCCCCAUGCUGCACGAAGAUAAACCACAGUGCAGAAUCUUGCUUCUCUCUCCUCCCACGCCCACUGCAGCACGUACAAACCCUGCCCACUUGCCACACAAGCCAGCCUACAAGGACAGCCACCACUGUGUAUUGCACUUCCAACUGGAGUUUUGCCUUAAACAGCUUUACAGAAGGACCUUAUGGACAUCCCCUUUGUACCACGAGGAACAGACGGCUGGGUCACAGUGAGUGCAUGGGCAGCCUGAGCCGUGAUGCUGUAUGGGUCUGCACGCUACUACGUGGCUGUAUCAGAACAGCCUCGGUUAUCCCUGUCCUAGCUCUGCACUGUUCCCGUGUUCUGGCUCUGGGGUUGCUGCAGGCAGCUUGAACCCACUUGGGAAUGUAACUCCCGUUAGUAUUUGUUGUAAUUUUGCUCAUUUCUAUUACAGAAUUCCUUCUGCUGUCUUUUUUCUUUUUUUCUUUUUUUUUUUUUUUCAUUUGUAACUGGCUUUACAAGAUGAAAGUUGAAUAAAUUAUUGGAUUGCACAGGCUCUAUUCGCUCAGGCACUGCGUGUCCGUGUUGCGGCGUUUACUGAGAGAUCUGAGGCUCGGAAAGCGUGAGCACAAAGCAGGAGCAGCAGCACAAAGCAGGAGCAGCAGCGUGACCAGACGGCACCCGCACCGCCCACACUGCGCAUGCGCGCUGCCUGAUGUCUCUGCCGAUGUCAGCGCUGCCUCCAUUUUGAGCGUUACCCCCGGCUGCGCGCCUGGCGCUGCGUGUGGUUACGACUGGGGCCAAACUGGUGUUCCCCCGCCCCACCACUGCUCUAGGGAAGGUCCACUUAAUAAUUUGGUCAAUAAGAACUUUUUGUUGCCUUGAUAAAAGGUCACUUUCAUUCUGUUUAUGAGCACCGGCUCUACAUAUCCCACCGAGCUUCACAGUCAGCAACAACAGUGUCAUAACGGGACAUCAUUUAAAGCCUUACAGCAGUUGUGUAGGCACUUGUGGUUGACAGCUGUAUCAAUUAAGUUAAUUAAGAGCCAGGUGUACCUCAGCCUUUCUAUGACUGGCAGGACUGUGCAAGCAGCUUGGUAAAAAUUAGGCAUAAUUAAUGUUUUAAGCUGGAAAGUUACUGAUAUUCCUUUUCAAUAUAUGAAAAAGAUUUUGAUGAACUCUCCUUUUUCCUGACAGGGGCAGCAUUCAUCUGGUUUAAUUGCAGUCACAGCCCCUUUACUA